UUCGACUGUUAAAGUGAUCUUUGCCAAAAAGUAUGACUGUGAAGGCGAUGUGUGCAUGGCUGGGUGUGUGUGUCAGUCGCUGGCUGGAUGGCAUGUGUACAGUGCAGACGUCUAGUGCCAACGACAAACACGUGCGCGCCCGGCCUUGUCCUUUGGCCUGACCUACAUCUAGGCCUUCCCUGUGCUGUCCACACAUGGCAAGUGAACGGGGGAUCUUGUGCUUGAGGAUAAACCUGUGAUAAGUAGCAUAAUGUACAGCUGUACACCAGCGGCAAAUACGGGCGGUUACUGCAUCCAUUGUGGCUUUCAAGGUGUCACCAUGUCACCGUGUCUUUAGUGACACUGGCAGUGACACCAAGCAAGUGACAAGGAGUGGCGGCCGUGUCACCUUCGUAGCCCGCUCUUCGACAGCUCGGAUGCCGUGACGUGUGUGUGUGUGACACUGCAGCAGCAUGACCAGAAGUGGGCUGGUAUAUCAGGCACCCGAAUGACAAAAGAAAAAGAAUCGGGUGCUGCACCAACACGAGUUGUGUCAGUCCAGCCGAGAGGUCAGUGACAUUGCCAGGUGACAUCCUUAACACCUGUGUGGGGGCAGCAAGUGGAGGGACACCACCACACGUGAAAUGUGCCGUGCUUUCUCAAGGUCGGGUGGGAUGGGAUGUAAACACCUGUGUCAUUUGCAGUAACCGGCACCGACAGAAGCACCGGAGUCUGCAAAGGGAAGAAAAGGCAACAAACUCUGUGCAACAGAUAUCGGACGUGUUGGCAGAGGGCACCAUGCUGUAUCUUCCACACGACAUCCACCACAAGACGACAUUAACGACAAGUCGUGGAGGCCAUAGGUGUGACAGAUAAAUUAUUGCCAAAGUCCUUCGCGGAACGCGGCGAGGUUUUGUUGGGCUCAACAGUAUUACCUGGUACCUGGCUUUUCUUUGGAUUUACGACAACAACUUCAGUAUCAACCUUCGCUUUUGUUUGAAAUAACAGUUCAGACUACAACAUUAAUCUUGGCUUUUGUUGCGCUACAACUACUCCACAACUACGGGUGGCUGCUGCACUUCCAUCAUGAAUACUCAUGAACAGCUGCAGCUACAGGAGUUGUAAGUGAAUGUAAAGACCGCACUGCAGCAACCAGAUCACAGUGAAGUGUGAUAACAAGUCCGCCGUGACUCUACAGGUGCAGCAGUGAAGUGUGAAAACAAGUCAGCCGUGACUCUACCCGUGCAGCAGUGAAGUGUGAAAACAAGUCAGCCGUGACUCUACCCUUGCACCAUGAGUGCGGUGCAGCACGGGGUGGACUCGGGUGGUAGCAGUGGUACAGAGCAGGACGCUGCGGCCUUCAGACAGAAGAUUCGCGAUGGCGCAGACGAGCGAGAAGAUAUACAGAAAAAAACCUUCACGAAAUGGAUUAACUCGCAGCUGGCAAAGUGCCUGGUGUGCCGUGUGCUUGCAGGCAGGCCGGCAGACCAUUACAGAGCUGGGUGAGGACCUGCGGGACGGGGUGGCGCUGCUGUCGCUGCUGGAGGUUCUCACGGGGCGAUCUCUGACGCGCGAGAAAGGAAGACUACGACUUCACCACAUCAACAACGUCAACCGCGCCCUGAUGGAGCUGGAGACCUGCUGUAAUAUGAAACUGAUCAACAUCAGUAGCAACGACAUUGUAGACGGCAACACCAAGCUGACACUUGGCCUAGUCUGGAGCAUCAUCCUCCACUGGCAGGUGAAAGAUGUCAUGCGCAGUGUGAUGGAAGACCUGCCCCAGACUAACUUGGAGCGAACACUUCUGUCGUGGUGCCAGCUGAGCACAGCAGGGUACCGAGGUGUCAACAUCACCAACUUCACAAGCAGCUGGCGAGACGGUUUGGCUUUUAAUGCUCUCCUUCAUCACUUCCGACCAGACCUGUUUCAGUAUGAAAGUCUGCUUGGCAACGAUAGUGAGACCAACCUGAACCACGCCUUUAACCUGGCUCACCAACAUCUGGGCAUCGCCCCACUGCUGGAUGCAGAAGAUGUCAACGUUGAGAGUCCGGACAGGAAGUCGGUGAUGACCUACCUGAUGUGUCUCUUCCAACAACUGCCCCGGGCGCAGCUGGCUUUCACCGUUUGCCAGCCAAACACCAGUGCUCGGCCCUUGUUAUCGUCCACCGCCCCAUCAUCGACACCGACCUCGGUCAUCUCGUCACCUUCAGACCUGGCCCCACCGUGGGAUCCUGCAACAAAGGCUGAGUCUGUGGUGUCAGUGAAUGUCUCUGAGAUUGCUCACAGCAUGGCAGGUGCAGGGUCAGCAGAACUCUUGUCUUACCAGGAUGCCCUUGAGGCUGUUCUUACCUGGCUUCUUGCAGCAGAAGAAGUGGUAGAGAAACAGCCAUCCAUAGCUGAUAAUGUGUCAGCUGUCAAGGAUCAGUUUAAUCAGCAUGAAGAGUUUAUGCUGGAGCUCACACAGCACCAAGAUGCCAUUGGAGCUGUUCUACGUGACGGGAAUGAACUCAUUAUUGAAGGGCGGGUAACUCCAGAGGAGGAGCAUGAGAUCCGGGUCCAAAUGGGUCUCCUGAACAACAGGUGGGAAGACUUACGAGUGAAAGCUCUGGAUCGCCAGGCACGGUUGCAGCAGACUUUGAUGGAGUUGCAGCAGCAGCAGUUAGAGGAGCUGGAUAAGUGGCUUGCAGACAUGGAAUCUCGCAUUGAGCAUCAGGAGGCUGUUGGCACUGAUCUAGAAGCCAUUAAGACACAAGUAGAAGAACAUAAGAUGAUCCAGCAGUCACUAGAAGAACAACAGAAGCGAGUGGAUAGUCUUCAGAACAUGGUUGUGGUAGUAGACGAUUCCAGUGCUGAUAGUAGAGCUGCAUGUCUAGCAAUGGAGAAGCAACUGGAAAAGCUAGGUUCUCGAUGGGCAGCUGUUUGCCGGUGGACUGAAGAACAAUGGGUGGUGCUACAGGAGGUUUUGUUACGCUGGCAACAAUUUUCUGAUGAGCAGAAUAAGUUUCAGGACUGGCUUACUGCCAAAGAAUUGGUUCUAGAGCAGAUGGGCCAUGCUGACCUGAUGGACACAGAUCAGGUCAUCAUGCAGGUGAAGCAUCUUAAGGCUAUAGAAAAUGACAUGGGGGAACAAGUAAGGAGGUUUGAUGCCCUCAAUGAAUGUGGCCAGCAGAUUGUACGCUACGUGGAAAGCCCAGUUGCUGUGGCCAGUAUAGCAACACUCCUUGAAAAUCUUCAAGAACGCUGGGAGCAGCUUGUGCAGCAAAUGGAAUACCAAAGCAACAAGAUUGCCAGUUCUGGUGUGGAACUUGGCCGAAUCUCUGAGCUUUAUGAGGGAGAUACUGGAGAGGAGAGCACAGAGAGACAGUCAUCUUCACUACUUUCUGUAGCCAAGAAACGCAAAACAGAGUCAGCACAGCUCAUGGAGUUCAAGAUGCAACUGACACAAUUGAAAGAAUGGUUUUCAUCCACUGAGGCCACACUGCAACUUCUGGCAGUCAACAGUCCCAUGGAGCCCUUCACAGUGGAAGAGCAGCGUGUUCUCAUUCAGGAUGCAGAAAAUUCUAUCCGCUCUCAUCAAAUAGAUGUGCAAAGAGUGAUUACCCUUGGGAAGAGAGUUAUUACAGAGCUAAAAAUAGCGGGAGAGCCCCAGGAACCUACGGCAGCAGCCAUCAGACAACUGGAAGAACGCUGGGAUCGCCUCAGCAGGUCUCUCACAGAGACAAGAAUGAUUGUGGAUCGCAACUUUGAGACCAAGAAGUUCUCCACAGAACUGUUAGCUUUGCUAGAACUGAUAGCUGGCUAUGAGAAGUGGGUGGGCAACACUGAGAAGAUAGCAGAGGAGGCACAAGAGAUUACCAAGCAGCUUGAUCAGUGCAGGAUCAAACUGCGUGCUAUGCAAGCUCAUCAAGAUCGAGUUGAACGCCUAAAAAUUCAUGGGGAACAAAUCAUGAGACAAUUCCGAUCCACUGAGUCUAUUAAAGAAGAUUUACACCAGCUGACACAGCGGUGGCAAAAGGCGUUUGAGAAAAUAGGGGAAAGACAGGCUUUACUAAUAGAAGCCCUGGAAAAGGCUCCACCUAAAUCAUAUCUGGAAGCUGUUGCUAUUUUGCGAAAGUGGCUGAGUGACAUGGAAUCUGCAGUAGGAUCUGAAAAGCUGCAUGUAGCUUCUGUGUCCAGCAUGGAAAAUCAGUUGAAAAUGUACAAGGAACUUCAGCGAGACAUUGAAGACCACACAGCCAGUCAAGAAUACAUCAACAAAGCCGGUCGUGAGCUCAUUGCAAGGUCGCUGCCAGACAAGGCUGGCUGCCUGGAGCAAGAUUUGUCCUCUGUUAAUUCCCGUUGGCAGACAGUUACCACCAUGAUUGAGCAGCGUCAGGCACGUUUGGACAAGGCCAUCAAACAGAUGAAAGAAUACCAGACACAGCAAGAAGGGUUGACCAAGUGGAUGGAUGAGAUGGAUGUGUUUCUGCAUGCUGAGGACCCUGCUGUAGGUGAUAUUCCUGCACUGCAGGCCCAACUUCAAGAAAGCAAGGGUGUGCAAGAAGACAUUAAGACCCUACAACUGAAUGUGCGCAGCAUCAACUCCAUUGCUGAGUCUUUCAUGGAUGAAGCUGAGCCACAGUUCAGAGAAAAACUCAAGGUAGAGGUGGCAGCUUUGAACGCAAGGUGGGAGGAGGUGGUAGCAUUAGCCACAGAGCAGAACGAGAGACUGACAGAGCAGCUGACACACAGUAAGGAUAUCUAUGACCGUAUUGAAGGGACAUCUUUGUGGCUGGCUGGUCUGAAGCAAGAUCUAGCCAACAAGGACUACGCCAUUCUCAGCCCCAGCGACUUGCAGGUCAAGAUAAAAAAGUUUAAGGCCUUGAAGAAGGAAGUGAAUGAGCAGCAGACUGAAGUCAACAAAAUUAAUGAGAGGGCCAAUGAGAUGCUGAACAGGGCACCCUCAGGCUCCUUGCAGGAACUGGCACGUUCACUCAUGAAGAUGAAUGCUUUGUGGGGUGAUGUAUUUCAACGAGUGGAACGAUACGCCAUGCUAUAUGAAAAUUCUGAUCUGCAAUGGAGGGAGUUCAGAGAACUUGUGGAGACUGAAAGGCGUUUUUUGCAUACCUUGGAACGUACAGUGCAACGUUCUUCUGUCACUAGUUGUGAUGCCGAAGACAUUUCAGAGGAGCUGAAUGAAGUGGAAACAUUGCUGCAGGAGCAUAGCUCAGAAAACAAGCAUCGUAUACAAGAACUAGCAGGGGAGCUCACCUCUAACUCUGUCAUGACAGAUCUGGUUCAUAAAGAAUUAGAGGACUUUUUGCGCAAGUUUGAUAUUCUGGAGUCAGAGGCUCGAGCCAAGAUCACACGGCUGGAGCAGUCUAUUCAAUGUGCUCAGAGAAUUGAACGCCAGGUGCUGGAAAUGUCACAGUGGAUGGCUGAAGUCAGUCAGCAUCUGCAGUCACGCUUGGAUGCAGACCUCCUAGCAAGUGAUGUGCCACAAGAGUAUGAGUCAUUAAAAGAAGAAUUCAGCCAGCAGGAGGCACUGCUGCGGGAACUGGAGGAUCACGUGACUCAGUACCAGCAACAGGGUAAGGUGGAUGCUUCCACCCGUUUGGAGCAACAGAUACAGCUCUUAAAGAAACAUUUUGCUGAAGUCAUGAUGAAGUUUCGCAAGUUCCAACGGCCAGCAGAGUUUGAACCCAAACUGAGUCAUGUGAAGCGUGAGCUGGACAGCAUCCAAGAGAGAAUACACCUGCUGGAGGUGCCAUCAGAUGACCCUCAGGCCAUACAGGAGCGACAUGAUGCAUGCAUGAGACACUAUAAAACAAUGAGUGAGCUGAAGUGUGAGGUGGAAUAUGUUCUCAAGACAGGACGGCAGAUUGUGGAAAGAAAACAGGUAGACUUCCCUGAGAAACUUAGCAAACAGCUGGACGCCAUAAAACAGCUCUAUAAUGACCUCGGGGCACAGGUAACUCAAAGCAAGGCAGACCUUGACAAAGCACUCAAACUUUCACGCAAGUUGAGAAAAGAGGUUGCCAGUCUGAAGGAGUUUAUUCAAGAAACUGAAGCAGACUUGCUUGGCCGGCAACUGGCCAAACAUGUUGUCAACAUUGAUGAUGAAAUUGCAUAUGUUAGGGGUGUAAUGGAGGAGAUGCAGAGGCGGGAGUCAGGCCUUGUGUCGAUCCCUGACCUUCAUCAGCAAUUGCAGGCACUUGGUGAGGAGGUGGAUGUCAGUGCCACCCGGCAGCAGCUUUACACGGUCAACCAAGACUGGACAGAACUAUCCCUGCGCCUAGCUCGCUACAAAGGUGUUCUACAGGAAGAACACAUGGCUCUAGAAGCCCAAUUUAUUGACUUCCAGUCCCAGACUCUGAAGGUGAAAGACUGGCUAACUCGAGCAGAGAAUAUCUUGACAUCACACAGCCGUUUGUCUGAACAGCAGCAUGUGCUGAGUCCUCAUUCUGAGACCAUAAAGCAGACCCUUUUGAUGCAGAUGAAUGAAUUACAUAGUCAGGUGGAUGAAAUUCGAGACCUUGCUAUAGGCCUAAUGACACGCAGCAGUCGAUUUGCUCCCAUGGUGGAGCCAGAAUUGACACAUCUCAAUCAGUGCUGGGAGGAGGUGGCUCAGAUGCUUAAGGCCAAGAGACCACAGCAACAGGAAAUAACCUUAUCUUCUGAUUACAAGGUGACAUCACCACAGCCUGUAAAAGUAGUAUCUUCCUCUGUAGAAUCUCCUCACACCCAGACUAUUGCUACCCAAAAUUUAUCUCACUUAGAAACAGCGUUUUCCUCCUCAGAGUCCCCAUACCCUAAGACAGUCUCUCCUUCUCCAGACUCAUCCCAUCCCAAGACAGUUGGGGCAUCACAGUUUACCAUAGCAUAUGAGAAUGUACAGCGCAAACUGUCCGUGUUUGAGAACACCAUCUCCACUAAAGGCAGAUUGCAAGGCAGCGAUUUCUCAGAUAACCUUGAGGCGAAUGCCCAGCUGAUUACAGAUGAAACCAGCACUAUGCAGGAGCUGGUCAAAGACAUUUUGGAACAAGGAAAAGAACUGUUGCAGGCUGCAGAAGACAACCGUGACCCAGCAACACAUGCAAGAGUCAGCAACCGACUCAUGGAACUAAAGUCUCGCUGGGCAGGUAUGCAGAUAGAUGCUGAGAUUAAGCAUCAGAGCCUAGUAGAUGUGGCACCAUUGUGGUAUCAGUUCUUACGAGAAGUGAAAGAAAUGCGACUGUGGCUGGAAUCAACAGAGAAACGCUUAAUGAAAAGGGAGAUGACAGAUAUAGAGGCAUUUGAAGAAGAAGUCAGGCGAAGAAAAGAUGACUGGCACUCACUGCAGCAGCGUGGCCUGGCCCUCUCGGAGCGUGGUGCCACACCUGUGACAGAAACAGAACUGCAGCACCUGAAGCAGCGAUGGCUGGACAUUAGCUCUCAGCUGGCACAGUACAAGUCAUCGCCUAUUGCUCACACACAACCUGUCCAGUCCAAUGUUGAUCGUCUGGUAGCAGACACAGAUGGCACAGUCACACGCACAACCUUCAACAUCGUCUCAACAAGCAUUUCUCAAACUACUUCAGCUCUCAAGUCUCCAGCUCAGUUCCUUCAGGAAAUUCUGCAGCUUCUGAAUAAAGUUCAAGAUUUGUUGAGUCAAAUGGCAUCAUUGGAAUUAGGCAGAGAGGACUUGUCACAGCUGGAAUCAUGGGAGACAAGGCUGAAGGCAGCAGAGGGCGAAAUAGCUAAUUUACUGCCCCUGGUACAAGGACUAGAAAAUCAGAAAGAGGAAAUGAUUCAUCAGAGCUCACCAGAGGAGGCUGUUCAGGUUGGCAACUUGAUGUCGCAGCUGUGCUCACAAUGGCAAGAACUAAACAGGCAUUACAAAGAUAGAAGACGAUACUGGAACAAGGUUUCUGACCAGUGGCGCUCCCUGCAAGCAGAUGUGAAGGAACUGAAUCUCUGGCUGGACCAAGCUGAAGCCAAACUAAAAACUGACAAAGGCAGUAGUGACCUCAAGAGUCAGGAGGCUAUGUUGGCAAAUGUGGAAGCAGGCUUGCGUGUACACCAGAGCACCUACAACAACAUCAAUACUGUUGGCAAGGACCUCCAGCAUGUAGCAGGUGCUACCACACAGCCAUUAUAUCACAGCCUACAGGAUAUCAACCACCGGUGGAAGGCCUUGUGGUCAGAGGUUAUAGAGAGACAGAAGUGCAUUAAAAGAAGUGAAGAAGGAAGCGUCAAGACAAGUGAUUUUACUGAUGACAUGGAUGAGUUAUUUUUCUGGAUUGAUGAAACUGAAAACAUUCUCACCUCUAAGCUAACCCUUGACACACAGUACCUAGCAGACCUGCUGGAAAAAGUCAAGGAUCGUGAAGAUGACAUUGCCGCCCAUGAGGAGAACCUGAAGGUCAUCAACAACAACGGUGCUAAAAUAUCACAGAAGCAGUCUCUGUCAGAAGAAGAUCAAGAGAAUAUUCAGCGUGAUCUCAAUAACCUAAACGACCGAUGGAAAAAGGUGUCAGGGGAAAUAUCUCAGUAUGCUGCAAAGGUAAAGCAGCGAUUGCAGCAGUUAGAAGGCUUGCUGGCUGAGGUAGCAGAGGUUGAAUCAUGGCUGGUGACUACAAAAGAGCUUUUGGAAACCCAGGCAGCACUUCUCUCCUCAGCCUCUUCCUCAGAGGAGAAGAAUUCUGUUGUUGACUCAAAGACCACCCAGUUAGCUGUCCAAACACACCAGGUCAAGAUCACAAGGAUCAAUGCAACUUUUCAGCAGCUGUGCCUGAAUGAAGGGCAAGCAGUGAAUGUUCCAGCUGAACUCAUAGAGCGUAUUGAGCGCAUCAACUGUAACUGGAAUGAUGUAUGUUGCCUGGCAGAUCGUCUCCAACAUAAUGAAAUACGUGAUGUAAUGACUCCAGUAAGAACAGGAUUACAACAUCAGCCUGCUCCACCAUUGCUGGCACCAGUUCUUCCAGCAACUACCAUUUCUGAGUUAAAAUCAUCAUGGCCAGAGUUCAGUAGAUCUGUUCAAGAGCUGAAGGAAUGGCUAAAUUUACUCGAUGACCUUCUGUCUACACGUGUCAGUGUGUGUGAUGUGAGAGAGGUGGAACAGGCCUUGACCCAUCAGAAGUCAUUACUUCAAGACAUGGAGAGCCGACAGACCCAGCUGGAGGAGUUACUGACCACAGCUGACUGUAUGCAACCCUUGGCAGGAUCUCAUAUUGAGAAACAGCAUGUCUUGGAGCAAUUGGGGUCAAUGCAACUUCGCUGGAAAGCAGCACUAAAUCAGGCCUAUGGUCGCAAAACACAGUUGGAGGACAUGUUGGUGGACUGUAAUCAGUUUCACCACUUACAGGCUGAGCUAGAUGGCUGGCUGGCUAAGGUGGAACAAGAACUGGAUGCUACCCUUGGCCAACCACAGUCACUACAACAUGCUGACACACUACUGACACAGCAUGAGUUGCUGCAGGAAAACAUCAAUGCUCGAAAGUUCACUGUGGACAACCUAAAGCAGAUGGCUGAAAGAAUGAUUAACAAGUACAGCAAGGAUGACUGUGCUAAUACUCACAAUCAGCUGCAACAGUUGAGCAACCGGUGGUCCCAAUUACUGAAUAGAUUGGCUAGCAGAUGGAAAUCAUUGCAGAGUGACCGCAGUUCCUUGCAAGAGUUCCAAGCAGCAGUGGAUGAUUUUCUUGGACGUCUUGUUGCCAUUGAAACUAGUCUUCAACGACUAGCUGAGGAGACAGAGAAAACAGAUGUCGUGGAGAAGCGAGAGCUGGCCCAAGAGUACCUGGAGCAGUUCAGGGACUUACAAGCAGAAGUAGAUGCACAGCAGAGCAUGUAUGAUUCUCUUGCAUCAACUGGAAGUCAGUUAUUCAGAAUGAUGGGUGUAUCAGAAACCCAGGUGCUGCAAGAUCGACUUGAAGAGAUGAACCAGCGCUGGCUCUCUCUUCUGACCAAAUCAAUGGACAUCAGGGGGCGCUUGGAAUCUAGCACAGAACAGUGGCAGCACUUGUUACGCACAUUGCAGGGUCUGUUGUCUUGGGCCAAUCAGAAACAGGUGGAGCUGCAACAGCAGCAGCCUGUUGGUGGUGACCUAGCCAGCAUCACACGUCAAAGCCAUGACAGUAGGCAUUUACAAGGCCAGGUGAACUUAAAGCAACCCAUGGUCGAGCAGUGCUUGCUGGCUGGUCGUUCCUACCUGAAAGAGGAAGGCUUUGAUCGCCGCCUGUCCACAGACAGUGGUGACAUCAGCAAUCUAGAUGAGGGGAUAAGUGCAAAUGCCACCUCAGAAAAAGAUACUCAAUAUCUUAUGACCAAAAUUGGCAAGUAUGUCCGACUUCUACAUAGGAAGUGGAGUGAGUUGACUUCUGCCUGUCAGCUGUGGCAGAAUAAGCUGGAUGAGAUUCUUGAAAAAAUGACACUGUUUCAUGAAGCCAUGGAAGAUCUUGAACAACAUCUGACUGAAGCUGAAAGAGAAAAAGGAGCUUGGCAGGGAGUGGGUGAUAUCCUUAUCAAGGAACUGCCAGCAGAGAUUGAAGCCACCAAGAACUUUCAGCAGAAGUAUGCCCCACUUCAAGGAGAAAUUGACAGUGUCAAUGACCAGGCCAAUGACUUGCAAUCUGCUGAUGUUAUUCUUUCCCAUGUUAAUGUUCGUCGCCUGGAAGAUUUCAACACUCGGUGGAAAGCUCUACAGAUUUCAAUUGAAGAUCGCCUCAAACAGCUCCAAGAUGCUCUCCGUGCCUUUGGUCCCCAUUCGCAACACUUUCUUGCAGCCUCUGUGGCAAGUCCUUGGGAGAGAGCGGUGGCUGGCAACAAGGUGCCUUACUUCAUCAAUCAUGUAACAGAAAAGACGCAGUGGGACCAUCCUGUCUUUGCCGUGCUGUUUGAUGAACUGAGUGCCCUGAAUGACAUCAGAUUUGCAGCAUACAGAACUGGCAUGAAACUCCGAAUGCUGCAAAAGAAGCUUGGAUUACACCUUGUGGAUAUGACAGUAGCUAGUGAGGCCUUUGAACGACAUGGAUUACGUGGUCAGAAUGACAAGUUGAUUGAGGUCACAGAAAUGAUAGAGUGCCUGUCUUCCAUGUAUGAGCAGAUCGCUGCGCAACGCAGCACGUCUAGUGUGCCAGUUGAUGUGCCUCUGUGUGUUGACCUUGUGCUCAACUGGAUCCUCAAUGUCUAUGACACUGUGCGCAGUGGGAAGGUACGUGUGCUGUCUUUCAAGGUUGGUGUGAUUCUCUUAUGUUCUGGGCAGCUCGAAGACAAAUACAGAUUUAUGUUUCGACUGAUUGCUGACACAAAUGGCUUCGCUGACCAACGGAAAUUAGGACUGCUUCUCCAUGACUGCAUCCAGAUACCUUUGCAACUUGGUGAAGUUGCUGCAUUUGGAGGAAGCAACAUUGAACCAAGUGUACGAAGCUGCUUCGAGAAGGCCAAAGGUCGACCAGAGAUUCAAGUAGGCCACUUUCUAGACUGGCUUUCACUGGAGCCCCAGUCUCUGGUGUGGUUGCCAGUGUUACAUCGUUUAGCUGCUGCUGAAACUGCCAAGCAUCAGGCAAAAUGCAACGUUUGCAAAGAUUUCCCUAUUAUUGGCUUCAGGUAUCGGUGUCUGAAAUGCUUCAAUUUUGACAUGUGUCAGAAUUGUUUUUUCUCUGGUCGACUUGUCAAGGGACAUAAACUCAGCCAUCCCAUGCAAGAAUACUGCACAACAACCACAUCUGGUGAAGAUGUGAGGGACUUUUCCAAAGUUUUCAAGAAUAAAUUUAAGUCCAAACGACAUUUUAAAAAGCAUCCUCGACUGGGUUAUCUCCCAGUACAGACUGUACUGGAAGGUGACAGUCUUGAAAGCCCAGCUCCAUCCCCUCAGCACAGCAUCCUGAUGUCCCAAGAUAUGCACUCACGCCUGGAACUGUAUGCUUCAAGGUUAGCAGAAGUGGAACAGAGGCAAAACUGUUCUUCUCCAGACUCGGAGGAUGAGCACCAUUUGAUUGCACAGUACUGUUCAAGUCUAAAUGGGGAUCCAUCAGCCCAGGCUCUGAAGAGCCCUAUGCAGAUUAUGUUGGCUGUUGAUGCUGAGCAACAACAGGAGCUGGAGGCCACCAUCAAAGAACUUGAACAAGAGAAUAGAACACUACAGGAAGAGUACAAUCGGCUACGGGAAGCUCGUGAAUCAAGGGAGAGCAGCACUCUGUCAGAAGAUGGCGGUAACAUCAGUGGUAACAUUCGUGAUGAGGAAAUGCUGGCGGAGGCCAAAUUGUUACGGCAGCAUAAAGGAAGACUGGAAGCACGCAUGCGAAUUUUGGAGGACCACAAUCACCAGUUGGAAGCUCAACUAGCCAGACUUCGACAGCUGCUGGACCAGUCUCAGGGGGACCGAAGUCUGGCUUCCAUCAAUUCCUCAUCUCGUAGCACACCCAUCACUACCCCAUCUUCCUCCCAAAGUUCAUUACCAGGUGGACUGGGCCGAUAUCGCUUCACACCUACUGCAGAAUCUUCACAACAUCUAAAUGGACAUUCUUCAGGUAUAGUAGGCACUGAGGAGACCAGCAUUACAGCAGGUGACAAUACUGCCUCCAGCAUAACUACAGACAAGUCAAAGGGAAAUGUAGGGGAGCUCUUCCAUAUAGCAGGAGAAGUGGGACAGGCUGUGGGCUCAUUGGUUACAGUCAUGACAGAUCAAGAGGGAGGAGUCGUUGAGGAGUCCAGACACUGACCUUCACGUCACUUGCACUUUAGCCCCAUCUCAGGCUGUGGGCUUAUCAAGGAGUCCAGACUCUGAUGACCUGCACAUUACUUUGCACUUUAUCUCACUCUCAGGCUUGUAGAUGCAUCCAUGAAUCAUAAUCUUCCAUCUUGUAUGCAAACAUUGAUAUGGCACCAGCAUAUCUCAGAAGACCUUUCUGUUUUAGACGGCCUAAGGUGACCAGACGUUUCGGGAAAGCGGGACACGUACCGAUGAUGGUGUCGUCACCGUCAAAGAAUGCCGAAUCAGCGUACAGUAUUCCAAUUUUUAAAGACAACCAGGACAUUUGAUGGACUUGCCAGAAAGUGGGACAUUGGGCGUCCCGCCCGAUGAGCAGGCGGGACACCAGGUCAAAAGUGGGAUUGUCCCGCGGUCACCUUACGGGCCAAAUAGUUUGACACCAAAAGACUGGAUAAUAUAUUAAUGCUGUAUUAACAUCCUCUGGUGGUAUGCUUAACAGACAUGAAUGCAAUGGGGUUGGGUCUGUUUAUUAUGCAAAUGAGGGAAUAAUACUGGGACAAUGUUGGUUGUCAAAUAUCCCUCACCUGUUUGCAGAACUUUGUGAGCCAGGCUAACAGAUUGACAAAGUAUGAGAUAGCAAAAUAGUUUUUAUAUGAGAUGAGGUUCUCUGUCAUGUUUCCUAAUACGAAAUUUGUGUGUGUCUUGGACAUGUCAUGCUGCUCACUGCAGCGAGGGUUAGUGGAAAUGGGGCACAAGAAAUGGGCAACAUUUGUAGAUGUCCUCGUAUAGACAUUGAUAUGAGUUGGGCUCAUUACUUGUUGUCUAUAUUCAUAUAUAUAUAUUCAUGUAUGCGAUACCUGUUGUAUACUCUAGUGGAAGUGAUGUGGAGAGGAUUGCCUAUUUGUAACUCUUACGGUCUGGUGUCUGCUUCUGUUGUAGAAUCCAGAUGUGUACUUUGGUUUUCCUAUGUUUUUCUAUCCAGUCCUCUGGAAAAUUUGAUUUUGUGCCUUGGGAUAUAUUUUGUUGCUAUGUCUAUGUCUAUGUCCAUUUAAGGUUGUUUUCAAACAUUUUUGAAGCUGCAUCUGUAAGAAUGUUUAAUCAUCAUUAACUAUUUGCCAUUUGUAGGUGAUCUUCAUGUUUAUCAUACUUUAAGUUGCUACUGUAACCUGUUCAUCACAUACAUAAUCAGGAACCAAGGACACAUCCAUAUCUCCGAGUUUGCUAUAUUUCUGCUCAAGUACAGUUCUAGUAAACCCUCUGUAGGUCUUUUCCUUUUCCCAGUUACAUGAUCCUUCAGUUCUGCCUGUCUGUAAGGUAACAACUGGUGCUGGAUAGUUGUGGACCCUGGUCUACAGCAGGUUAUAUUGCAGAGCUUAUCAGAUAGUAAUAACAUAACUCAUGUUUCAAAUUGUAUAUAGGAUUUUAGAUGUCACAGGCUGUCAUAAUAGGAGGCAUUCAAGAAUUGGGCAUGAUGGAAAAUACAAGUAGGAAAUGAUGACAUUUAUGAGAAUGGUGUAUUACAGAAGAACUUGCACAGGAUUAGUUGCUGUGAUUAUUUGACAGAUGUAACCAUUGUUCAGUGCCACACCUUACAGAUAUCACUAAGAAAGUAUUUGAUUGUUGGCACCAAAGGGAGGCAAAGAUAUCAGCAGAUCAAGAGUCUACAUGAAUGUAACUGAAAAAUAAGUUAAACACUAGUGGAGUACAAUGAGCACUUGAUCUGUUAUAUUGAAGUCUGCAUAUGUUUGUCCUGUCAUAUGACUAAAAUAAUAGAGAAGAUCUGUGCAUGCUGACAAAUUUGAUAGUACAUUGAUGGUAUAUUGAUAUCCUGUCAUGAAUGCCUGACAGCCAAUUUAAAUGGCAUGAAAUGUCCAAUUAAUAGGCACAAAGAGCUUUUCGCAACAUAAUGCUAUUGGAUUUAGCACACCUUAGCUAUUCCUAACAGAUUCAGCAUUGGAAAUAGUGGAUCUGUCAGUCUGUCCCACACUGUGGUUCAGACCAUUUUGACAGUACUUGUAUGUUUUCCUGGGCAAGAUUAGUACCACAAAUCUUUCUGUUUGAGUUGUUGGCUGUGCAACUUCAGCAUCUGAGAAAGCUGACAAUUAGCCGCUGAAGUACAGACAAGGACAGUUUAUUGUCUCCUUUGGCCUGUUCCCAGGUCCCAGGUUGUAAUGCUUGGCUUGAUAUGACAGGCACAUUUGUUUGCACAUGUAUGAUAUUGUUUGAAUUCUAAAGAUAAAAAUAUACUUUUUUUAAGAGAAAUUAUGCAGAAGUUGUUUUCUGUUGAAAGCAAAUAAAUUGAUGGAUUGACGGUUAGCAGAAUCAUGAUUGCAUAUGUGCAGAUGUGUCUAGUACACCAUAUCCACAUUGGGAUUUGGUGGAUCAUGUGUCGGCAGUCAGCAGACCAAUCACGCCAAUGUAAAUAUAUACAACAAACAGAAUGAUUCUAAAAUCUUUCUGAUCAUGCAGAUUUAUCUCACUUUUUAUGUGAUGAUAAUUAGAGAAAUUUUUUGUAUACAUCUAACAAAGUUAAAAACCAGGCUGCAUUUGGAACAGUCAUUAUAACGUGCACUCCACUUACCUGCAAAUGCUGUAGACCCAACAUUGACAUGGUUAUUGAUUUUGUGUAUUAAACUGGUCUAAUAAAUUGUGGUCUCAUUGGCACAAUGACAAGGCAUUUACAAUGAUUGUGAGACUCUUUUGUGUCCAGUUUCUUUGUAACAUCAACUUGUUCUUUCAACAACAGUGCCUUAUGCUUGCCAACGCUGUAGAAGAUGAGGAUAUUUUUAACUCAUGCUUCUUCUCCACAUGCACACACACAAAUACACAGAAUUUCAGUUAUUUUGUUUGCAGCACACAAAGCAGUAGAUGUAUUCACAAACACAAAGGGUCUAUGAAAUGAUUUGUAGCACACAAAGCAGUGAAAGUUGUCACCAAAUGAGCAAUACAAUUAGAAGAGCUUCUGUAACUGAAAAACAAUGCCUAGGUGUCCAGGUAUGGGGUGUGCAUACCUGAUACAGCAUUUUUAUGAACCAGUGUCGCCAUCCUGCUCAUGAGUGGAGUGCACUGUCGAUGUAACAAAACUGGAAUGCUUUCCCCGACACUUCUAUGAAUCUUGCACUAAUCCUGACCUCACAGUUUCUACUUAUGCAGAGGUUGUGGUCUUUACAAUGGUUGUGACUCUUGUGGUGUGCCAUUUUAGAUUGGGGAUUUUCACCUAGAAUUGUUGUCUAUUACAUAAGUCCGUAUAGGUAUAGACAAUUUCAGAAUUUUUGUUUUCCUACACUGUUGUGUUGUCUACCUAGACACAAGAUCCCAGAUGAUACUCUAGCUGUAGAAUUGUGAUUGUGAACAUGUAGCAGGUCUCUCAUAUGUGCUGUCAGGGUUAGUGAGAUCUGCAACAAGCCAGCAAGAUUGUGAUGGAAUUGUGCAUCUGGAGUCUUGUUUGUUAUGUCUAUAAACCCAGUCAGAUAAUCUUGUAUUUUUAUUCUGAAACAUGACUUUUGUGUUCUCCUUGCUAGUGUCUGCUGUUGGUGACAAAGUUUCAUGUAAUGCAUUUGUAUUAUUUUGAGAGCUAGAUUCUUCAUUGGCACAAGAAUAUCAGUUUUUUUGUCUAUAUUGGGAAUGGUUCUUCUUAUUAUAUGUGACCUGUAUGUCUUAUGUUGCUGAUGAUAAUGUUCACAGAUUCAGAUGAACAUUUGCCUGCCACUACACUAACACUUUUUUUAAUGGGCCAAAGUGGGUGCAGUUAUACUCAGCAGCUUAUUAAGAUGUGUCCAUCAAUGAAAUCUUGUGGGUUAGGUCAUCAGCUGUCUUACUGAAAACAACAUUUGAUACAGUCUGUAGUUACUGUGGCAGGGUUAGUUUUAAAGGACAAACCAGAUUAUUAAUCUGGUACAUCAGCGUGAAUGUAUCAGACUGUGAAAUUGCAGUUGACGAAGACCAUUAAAAUAUCCUAAAAUAUG